AUGGACGACUAUUACGAGCACAUGGAAAGAAUUUUGGCUGAGCAUGUAGCAACAUCUAUCAGCAGCGAGCCGGACACCACAGCAGGCUUCGCCGCUCUCGGCAACUUCUACAAGUGCCAAGCGUUUAGAAAGCAUUUCGGCCUGGACACUCAGCCGGCCUCCAAGCUCAAUCUCGUCUGGACCGUCGAAACCGGAGACCAGAAACGUUCGAUCCAGCGAAGAUGGGACCCUGCCUCUGGCCUGCUGCCGACAGUUCGUUUGGGAAAUGUCUAUCGAGAUUUUCAUUAUAUGGCUGAUGAAUGGACGGGUGGGAAGACGCCGGCGCUGUGGGUGCUGCAGGGCAGCGUUCCAGCAGAGGCUGUUGAAGAGGUACUUAGCAGCUUGAAGGAGAAUGGGCAGGAUGCAGUCACCGACCAAGCCGACGGCACUCUAUUCUCGUUCAUGUUUGUCAGCGCCGCUGGAACACGCACUCGCCGCCAGUGUGGGAUUCCAGUGGAAGAUGUGAUGGCGCUUUUGGAGCAGGCCAAAGCUGUGGAAGAGAUGCUUGACGACUUGGAAUCUUGCGGUAUUUGCUCCGUCUCUUUCGGACAGUCAGAGCGAGAGGAAUUCGGGCGCUUUGGCGGCGCACACAAAGGCGUGGAAAGCAAGCACACAGAUCGCGUCCUCAUAACGGCCUUCAAUCCCAGCGACCUAUCUAGAGUGUGGUCAUCAAGCACUACCGAUUGCCGAUUUGGGUGUGUCCAUAUCAAACUCAGGAGAUCUCCAACUUUUCGCCCGCAGGUGGACUCGCAACAGCUCUCUUGGGAGCCGUUCACCGAUACGCAAACUCGCAAUCCUAAAAUCGAAUGGGAGGGAAACGUCUUUGUCGAUAAGCAUGAACAAUGCCAUAUCCGCGACCCGGAAGCGAAACUUUUUGGACUCCAUUCUGUCGAACGCUGCGACACGCUCGCAGAUUAUGCACCGUUGAUCCACUACGUCUUUUACCGUCUGCAAACGCUCAACACAAACAUCAACCAUCAAAAAGGCUGGCCAGAGAUUCGGUUUCCGUUCCCACGCAUCUUUGACUUUUUCAAUGAACCUACGGCCCGCGCGGUGGGGUACAAGCCGCCGCAAUGCUUCAAGACGUCCAUGACUGCCGCACUCGCCUGGGCAUACGCCUUUGUGCGUGGAUUCACCGUGACGGUCAUAUUGCGCAAUAUCGGUGCUCGGCAGACAGGCGUAGUGGGUUUCAAAACGAAAGGCAUUGCCACAAUCAACAGACACAUCCGCCGUUUCAUCGAGGAAAUAGCCGAUCAGAUUCGCGAUAACGGGUGGGACGAAGAUUUGGAGGACGUGAUCGAAGCGCUCUCGUUGAAUAUCAAAACCGACCAAGUGAUGAAAUGGGGCGAAUCCAACUCCCUUCGCAACACGCGCCUCUCAGACCCUCGACGCGCGGAAGGGUUUGCGAAACAGUGCGACCGCCUAGCGGCUGAAGUCAACUCGGUCCUGGUACUCCCGCUCAACAUCAGCGCAAUGUAUUUGUUUAUCGAGACCAUGAAGAACGUCGGCCAGCUCAAACGCACGGUAGUUAUGAUUGAUGAAGCGGAUGAGCCCAUUUCAUCUUAUGCACGUAACGGUACAUGUAUUGAAAGAACUAUGUACCCAACCGGAGCGGGUCCCGGCUGUCUUCAAUCGGAACUAUUUGAUGCAAACGAAGAUGACGACGAGCGGGACGAAAGCGAGGUAGAAGAGGAACUCGUGGACCUGUUCAACGACAAUCACAUGAAAAGCAUUCCGCACUUGAUCGGAAUCACGGCGACCAUUCAUCCAAUCCUCUUCACGAAUCAAGACACAUUGUUUUAUACCUUUGUGAUGCCGGUGGCGCCCAACUACAUCGGCAUCAAUACGCCAAAAUACUGCACUCAUCGAGUGGCCAUCAUCACUGAUAGACUGCCCGUGCAGCCUUCGCAAUCGAGAAUGCUCGACGCCGAUGAAUGGUGGAGCGUGGAGAGACCCGUGCUUGAACGAAUAUACCAACGCUGGGAAGCGGACAAAGCGGACUUUGCGGCAUGCCUCAUCACGACGAGCGGAACCACUUGCCGAGUCGCCAAGCAGCAGAUUGGCGCGAUCGCUAUCGCGCACAGCACAACGUUCCCGAUCGCGGCCGUCGUGACCAACGGUGUAUCUACGGAAAUCAACUUUUCGCGUCAUUUCUGGCACGUCACCCCCGAAGCGAUCCGAGUACAGCUGGUCAAACGUCUGAAGAAGCGGGGAGAUCUCAAACUACUGCCAAAAGCGUCCUUCGGAGCCUGCCGGCCCCGUCUGCUUCCCGUCGAUUUUGAACAGCUCAAAAUUCGCGUGCUACCUCUAGCCAACAGCUUCCGCAUCGAAGACGAGACCGGCACCAUCUACACCCGGCAGCAUCCGAGCGUCAUGAUCGAGUUGGUGCUCGCGGCGUUUGAAGCAGCGCGCCUCCCUCACCCGCGGUGCUGCUUCCUCGGCACCGACGUGAUGUGCGGGCGCGAGAAAUCGUACGUCUCGUUCAGCGGACGCGAAGCUGUCACCGAUAUGUACCAAAACUAUCCAGCGGGGCAGAAUAUGACCAAGGCGUGUCAGACAACGGGCCGGGUGUGCGGGGUCGUCACACAUGCGAAUGCGAAACUCAAAGUGCGGCGAUUAUGGAUCAAUAAAGAUGUGUAUCAGGACAUCCUGUUCAUGCAGAGCCUGACCGACAAUGUUAUUCAACUGCUGGGGAAGUUCCGUGGGGAGUCGCUUGACAAGAUCAGUCAGCGUGUCGUGGCGGGGAGAACCGGGCUUUCGGCGCAAGAUGUGGAGCACUGGAAUAGGGUUACGGAGAUGUAUCGCCGCACGGUUACGGGCGCACAAGGAGGUGGACGCCGCCGCCGAAACAAUAACAACAAUGAGGAUGAGCAACCGAAGAAGAGGGUCAAGUUUGCGAAGCCGCAGCAUCAGAAGGAGGUCAACAAGAUGGUUGAGCAUAUGUCUUUCUUGUCGAUGGCGGCGGAAAAGCGUAUGGUGGUUGCCGGAGGUCAGUCUGGGUGA